AUGUCGUCGGGCAAGGUCAAGGCUGGUGCGCUCUGGGGCAAGAACAAGGAUGAUUUGACAAAGCAGCUCGCUGAGCUCAAGACCGAGCUUGGUCAACUCCGCAUCCAGAAGGUCGCCUCUUCUGGCUCCAAGCUGAACAGGAUUCAUGACAUCCGCAAGUCGAUCGCCCGUGUCCUGACCGUUAUCAACGCCAAGCAAAGGGCUCAGCUUCGACUCUUCUAUAAGAACAAGAAGUACGCCCCUCUCGACCUCCGACCCAAGCAGACUCGUGCCAUCCGCCGUCGACUAUCACCCGAGGAGAAGUCCCGUGUCCUCGAGAAGACCAAGAAGCGCACUGUUCACUUCCCUCAGCGCAAGUUCGCCAUCAAGGUACGAUGA